AUGUCCCAUGCUUGCAUGCAGUCAUUUUGGAACGCAGUUUUACCUGGACCACCUUCGAACCCCGCUCAGUCUCAGCACAACAACCAAGAUGAUAGUCGGCCCAGAUGGUUCUUUUGCUACUGGCGUCUCCUACUUCUUACUUUUAUCGCUCUGCUUCAAGUUUUUGCGUGGAUAGCCCUUGGCAUAUAUCACUUGGUCUCGGACCAGGACGACUUCCGAUCCGCAUUCUCUUCCAUCAUGAUCGGCGUGAUGUGGCUCUACAAUCUUCUGAAGCCCGCAGUUUGUCCGAGAUAUACCGCGUAUAUCGAUCUUUUUGUCCUUUAUACCAUUCUUCUCGGCUUCGGUGUCAUCCGUGUCGGGAUUUCCACCUACCUCUACUACAUUGGAGCUGCUUCUCUCACGAAUCUAGAAUGGAUCAGCAUGUCCCUCGAUCUCAUGGCGAUCACUGCAGGUCUGGGGUAUGUCCGGCGCUCACCCGAGGAUUACGCCAGUAUCUUUGAGUGGGCCACCUAUAGCUGGGUAUACCCUCUCAUCAAGCUUGGAAACACUAGGGAGAUGAGACCCGAAAAUGUUUGGGAUCUAACCCCCGCUAUGCAGUCCGAAGUCAUCUUUGCUAAAUUCAGGGACACCAAAGGCGAAACACUUGGCCGACGAUUGUGGGUCGCCAACUUCAAUGACCUAUGUCUUGACGUCUUCCUCACUAUGGUCACUGUUCAAAUUUUAUAUAUGAUUGAGAACCCUACCCGAGAAGGUCGCUCGAACGCCUAUGCACUGGCGUUGAUUGGAUUUGUCUGUACUGGGGAAGCUGAUGCCCAACAUCUUUUUUUCGGCAGACGUGCCUCAGUCCGUGUUAGCACUCAGCUCAUGAAUGCGAUAUAUGACAAGGCACUCAAGCGAACAGGUGUUACAAUGCAAGAGCCGGCAUUUGAGACUGGUCCUGCUGUGGCCUUGCCCGACUCCAAUCAUCCCAAACGAGAAGCGAGUGAUGGGAAGAUCGUCAGUUUGAUGGCGAUAGAUGCCAGCAAGGUUUCUGCGAUCGUUGCGAGCGCUUAUCUUCUUUACGGAGCGUAUGCAGGUCUUGUUGUUAUGCUUGGUGCCUGGGCACUUCAUAUUUGUAUCGCACAGCGGCAGGUUUGUUCCCGAAGAGAACUUUCGGCAUCCCGUGAUCGCCGUAUGUCGGUGCUCUAUGAGCUGAUCAAUGCCGUCCGGUUCAUCAAGUUCUUUUCAUUGGAAAAUCAUUGGAUUAAACGAGUCCAAGAUGGCCGAUGCGUGGAGAUGGAUUUGUUAGAGCGAUUCCGGAUGAAGUCUGUGCUGUCUGCCACAUAUCCGUCAUUCCCUUUGUUUGUUUAUGUCGACCAAGGUUAUCAAUUAACACCUUCGGUUGUGUUUACGGUAAGGCUAGAUAUACCUGUACAACCCCUAAAUGUCUUUCCCAAUUUUCUUGUGCAAGUUUUCGAGGCCCGUCUGUCUCUCGAGCGUAUUGAAGCGUUCCUCAGGGAGGAGGAAUUGUCUGAUCAUGUAUCUUCACCCAGCGGGUGUUCCGUAGAGACUGGCGAUACCAUUGCCAUCUGCAAGGGCCGCUUCAAGUGGAGGAAGGUUUCAAAUGAAACCAUAAAUCCAUCGCCAGAACCACAUGCCCUGCAACCGACUAACCGCUUCGAAUUAAGAGAUAUUAGCGUAUGUUUCCCCAAGGGCAAGCUAUCACUCGUUAAGGGACCCACAGGGUGUGGCAAGACUGCACUGCUGUUGGCGUUAUUGGGGCAAAUGACAAUGAUCGAGGGAAGACUGAUAAAGCCCAGGGAUAUGUCUAACGCGGGCGGAUCUCCUAAUUUAGCGGCAAUUUCGUAUGCUGCUCAGACUCCGUGGCUGCACAGUGGAACAAUCAAGGAGAACAUCUUGUUCGGAUCCCAAUAUGACGAAGGGAGGUAUGAUGAUGUUGUGGAGCGCUGUGCGUUGCGUCCCGAUCUUAACCAGUUGCCGGAGGGCGACCAAACACAAGUCGGUGAUAGGGGUGUGAACCUAUCAGGUGGACAGAAGGCUCGAAUUGCCCUGGCACGGGCAGUCUAUGCUCAAACCCAGUACGUUUUGCUGGAUGAUCCCUUCAGCGCGAUCGACACCCAGACAUCGCGCUAUCUGUACGAGCGACUGUUUUGUGGACCGCUUUUGGAAGGCCGUACGGUGAUCCUCGUUACUCAUUACGUUGAGCUUGUUCUACCGAAGGCAAACUAUAUGGUUUGCAUGCAAGAUGGUCAGAUCAUCACCCAGAGUUCUGUAGAGGAUCUAAGAAAAAAGACUCGUCUACCUGUCAAAACUCAUUCUGCACGAAAGGCUCAGGACGUCCGAAUACACCAACGAACAAGCGGUGAAAGUGCCAGGGUGCAGAUACCGGACGAGAGCCCUGGAGGUGUUGAGUUCUCCCCCUAUAAGACCUAUGGCCAAAAGUCACCUCGCUGGAUGCGGAUGACUUCCGUUAUUUUGGUCGUGAUGUCACAGGGUAUAGGUGUGGCUGAGAAACUUUGGAUACGGGAAUGGGGACAAGCUUAUGGUAAUAACCAGGUAGGCUCUUCGGUGUGGUACAAUUUGAGCAAGAGAGCCUUCCUCGAUCCAGUCAGCAACACCUGCCAACAGAUCUUAGGGUUCCUUCCCGACGCGAACCACCGCCCACUCUUCUAUGUCGUGAUUUAUGCACUAGUUGCUUUCAUCAUGACUGUUUUGAGCGUUUUGUCAAUCAUAUUGUUGUAUGCCGCGGCUCAAAAAGCAUCACGUUCGCUAUUUUCUCUCCUACUGGAAGGUGUCGUCCACGCAUCCCUACCCUGGCAUGAUACAACACCCAGAGGCAAGGAGCCCGCCCUAUUUCGAACGCAUGUCUCACAGUCAUUGCCUGCAGGUCAAAUUCUAGACCGCUUUAGCAAAGAUAUGCGGGCGAUUGACGUUAAUCUCGCUAAUGAUGUGGCUACCGUUAGCAGUGCUUCUGUCAACUUCGUUGCAGCUGCUAUCACUGUCCUGAAAUUGCUUCGAAUGGAAUCAACCUCACGGCCCCCUAUCUUUUCUGCUUUUGGGGAGCUUUUGGACGGUAUCGUGACUAUACAAGCGUUCAGAUCUACACAUCGCUUCCUGGAAGAAUACCAUCGGAAGGUGGAUGUUGCCAACAAGAUGUACUACAACUCCUGGAUGACAAACCGAUGGCUACUCUUUAAUUAUGAUGUUCUUGGGGCUUGCGCGGUGUUAGCGACCACGAUUCUCGCGUUAUCUGAGCGCGUCGAUGCAGGAACGGCUGGUCUCUGUAUGACUAGUGCAAUGCUUUUUACCCUGAGCAUGUAUCUCGUUUGCCGGUUUGGGGCGUCUCUCCAGCUUGAAUUAAAUGCUAUAGAGCGGGUGGCGGAAUACCUGAAUAUACCCAACGAUCCCCCAGCUGUCGAUCAAUCCAACAGAUCUCCGUAUCUGCCAUCCAACCUGUCUAUGCAGAAUCUCUUCGUCAAAUAUCCUUCGUGCUCAGAGCCCGUGCUUAAGGACGUCACGUUCACCUUGAAUGCACCUGAACGCAUUGCUAUUGUUGGGCGAACGGGAAGUGGGAGGUCCACGCUGAUAAACAGUAUGCUACGAUUCAUCAAUCCUGUGCGCGGUCGCGUCACGAUAGGCGGAAUUGAUAUUUCAGAGAUUGGUAUUCGUGAUCUGAGAUCUCGAAUAGACGCCGGGUUGUUUUCCGGGACACUACGGGAGAAUGUGGACCCGUUCCAUCAGUAUGAAGACGAUGACUGUCUCGAUGCCCUUUGUAGAGUUAACCACGCCUGGCACGGUUCCAUCACGUUGGAUACGCAAGUCGCUCCCGCUGGAGCCAACUUUUCGGUUGGCGAACGGCGACUCAUUCCUAUGGCCCGCGCCUUGCUUAGACGAGAUCCUAUCGUUAUCCUUGACGAGGCGACAAGUAGCGUCGACUUCGCUACCGACGCAGCAAUACAAGAAAUUCUUCGCAAAGAGUUUAGGAAAUCUCUGCUUAUUAAUGUCGCACAUAGGCUGAGCACAGUAGUUGACUACGAUCGUGUUAUCGUCUUGGAAGACGGACAGACUGGUGGCGUCUUCAGGGAGAUGUGUCUCAAUAGCGAAUCAUACGCUGAGAUAGAGGCCGCCAUCCUGAGAGAGAUGAAAGAGACCCGGGAAGCGCAGCAGUCGUGA